GUUUCUGAAGUAAAACGUCGUAGAAUAUAAAUACACUAAGGCUUCCCGAAACACCGAUAUUUAGUCACUUCCCGUCCGCUCUCCGACCGUAGACCUACUCCGGCCACAACCGGCAGCUUGAACGCUGACUGGUUUUCCCAACACAGACUUGAGAAGAAUGCUCCCAUUUUUUGUAGCGCCUAAGAUAGCCAAGCGCCGCCUUGUUUUCUCCCCCCAAGGAUUGUUGUCUUGAUCGUCUCAUUCGACUAGGCGAUUGCUAGAACUGGAUGUCUCUGAUUUCAACUCUUCUGAUCUUUUGGCCCUGCGAGCACACGAUCGUGGGACGCGGUGCCUUUUGUGCACCUAUGUUGCGCAGCUGCGCAAACGACGACGUUGGCUGGUGCGCCAACAUCAGACCCAAGACACACUUCUUUGACCUCAACAUCUCUCACCUCAAACUCAGUAUUGUAUUUACCAGUGGUGAAUCCUCAUUGAUGAAAGAUUGCAAAGGGCUAAAACGAAGCCAUGCUGCCGUUUCAGUGGUCCACGCAAAACAUCAUGCGAGACGCUGUGUACAGCAAAACAGGCCUGUCAGAUUCGUGGGAGUCAAGAUCACUUUUCUCCCUUCAGCCCUGAACGGGUUUCCGCCAGGAAAACAGUCUUAGGGUAUUAAGCACCAGGAAGAUAGUGCCAGGUCGCGAUGAUGCAUCCUUCAAGACUACGGUCUCGUCACGUUUUGCAAGUGUACUGAAGGGUCGGGAAUGAAAGCCUUCGAGAUCAUGUGAAAACCCAGCCACACCCCGAAUUCCAUUUUCGUCGCUCUAAACCGAAGCGCUGUACAUCAAUCAAGAGUUUGGGUUCCUUGCGGGUCAUCAUUUUCUAGCUGAAAGCGCCAAAAGAAAGCUGCAUGUGUCCAUCGCUCUGAUAUCCGGGAGUCUCUUGUGUUCGUACAUUCAAAGACGUCUACACCACCCUUGGCCCCCUGUUAAAUGCCUAUUUGAAGGGAACCUGCCUGAGAAAUAUGGAGUUGUGCCACACAUCUCUGACACUGCUUUAUCGGAGGCAAAUAUGAAGAAUGAUGGAGCUGAUAAAACAACUGUGGACAAGCAACUGGUCCAUUAUAUUUGCCAUGAAGCCAACAGACUAACGAUUGGAAACUAACGGAAAAGAAUCCAUUGCGGAGCAUGAAAGUGAUAAAGAUGGCGUGGACGUGGUUGUCGUGUUUCCGACGGCUCAAGAUGAAGCACUUCACCUGGACGGAUCCAUAGCCGUAGCAUCGAGUUCGAGAAGCUAAAAGCCCAGAGACCGACCAGAGCUUAGAGUAUUGGCAGGAACGUUUGAUUAUCAGCCUAAUUUACGUGUCACAGAAAACGGACAUGGUGGUAAAGGAACGCACGAGAAUCAUGAUAACACAAUUGAGAGGCCGGGUCCGCGACACAGCAAUGUCGAUUCCCUUCAUAUAAUUGCGGAUACUACUAGCAGGUCAAAAG